UGUGCUAUACCUUGGCCCAUUCUAAUUUGAUGAGUGUAAAAAUCACAAGUUUGCUCGCGGCGGUGGUUGUCGAAAGAUUUUGACGUAAAUUAUUCGUGUAGUAAAUAUGGCUGACGAACUCAAUGUUGACAGUCUAAUUCACAGGCUUUUAGAAGUUCGAGGAUGCAGGCCUGGGAAGACGGUGCAGAUGUCAGAGUCCGAGGUGCGUGGGCUGUGCACCAAGUCUCGGGAAAUAUUUCUGCAACAGCCAAUACUACUGGAAUUGGAGGCACCGCUAAAAAUUUGUGGUGAUAUCCAUGGCCAGUACACAGAUUUACUACGCCUGUUCGAAUACGGGGGCUUCCCGCCCGAGGCAAACUAUCUCUUCCUCGGCGACUACGUGGACCGCGGCAAGCAGUCGCUGGAAACCAUAUGCCUCCUGCUCGCGUACAAGAUCAAAUAUCCAGAGAAUUUCUUCCUUUUGCGAGGCAACCAUGAGUGCGCUAGUAUAAACCGCAUUUACGGUUUCUACGACGAGUGCAAACGUCGGUACAACAUAAAGCUAUGGAAGACGUUCACCGACUGCUUCAACUGCCUGCCCAUCGCGGCCAUUAUCGACGAGAAGAUAUUCUGUUGUCACGGGGGGCUGUCGCCGGAUCUGCAGGGCAUGGAGCAGAUCAGGAGGAUAAUGAGACCUACUGAUGUGCCUGAUACAGGUCUGCUUUGCGAUUUGCUGUGGUCAGAUCCAGACAAGGACGUGCAAGGAUGGGGUGAAAAUGAUCGCGGUGUCUCAUUCACAUUCGGCCCUGAUGUUGUCAGCAAAUUUCUCAAUAGACAUGACUUGGAUCUCAUUUGUCGAGCCCAUCAGGUAGUAGAAGAUGGCUACGAAUUCUUUGCGAAAAGGCAACUUGUCACGCUAUUUUCCGCCCCCAAUUACUGUGGCGAGUUUGACAAUGCCGGUGGCAUGAUGUCCGUUGACGAGACGCUCAUGUGCUCGUUCCAGAUAUUGAAACCAUCUGAGAAAAAGGCGAAAUAUCAAUACAAUGGUAUCAACAGUGGAAGGCCCGCCACGCCACAGCGGUCGCCGCCCAAAAAGAAAUAACUGACGUUUGGGAUCCAGUGUGCUGCACAGUGAGACGAAUGCUACAAAAUAACUGAUUAUAUCAUGUAUUAUAAUUAUUGUUUAGUGCGGUCACUGGACAGAGCCGAGUAUGUCAUGGAUUGUUAAAAUUAUUUAUCAAUUUGCUUGUGCCUUCUUAUUUUUAAUUUUUAUUAUUAAUGUGAGUGAUAUUAAUUUAUGAAUUUAGUUCUACAGAGAUUUCGUGGAAGAGCAAGCAUGAUCUAUUCGGCGAUGCCUCGUGACUUCUGCUUUUUCGAUCCCCAUUUUGACACAAGUUUUAAGAUCGGAUUGCCCCUUAUUGUGUUUGACAUGUUGGUGUCCUAGUUAAAUUGUUUUGUUGAUUUUGAAGAGUUUGAAGUGGCAAGUAAUUCUAAAGAUGCGGGCAUUGGACAAGAAAAUCGUAGUUACAUUUUCACGUUACAGUCAUGUUUAUUGAGUUGUAGUGGAUCGAAAGCACAUUCGCUUUGUUUAUUCUGUAACUAAUGUGCCUAUAAAUGUAAAGUAUAUUAUUAUAGGUCUCGUAUAAGUGACGAUAAUAGUUGUUUCGAAAA